GCGUCUCCCGUCGGCUGAGGCGGCGGCUGAAGAGACGGUGUCGAGACCCCGCUGCGGCCCGGGCCCGGCGCGGCCGUGCGAGCCCCUGCGUCGGCGGACGAUGGUGCGGCGGAGCGCGCGGACGCGGGCGGCGCGGCGGCGGGCAUGAAGGAGGAUGGACGGUCAGGACGAGGUGUCCGCGCGGGAGCAGCACUUCCACAGCCAAGUGCGGGAGUGCACGAUAUGUUUUCUUCUUUUUGCCAUUCUGUACAUCGUUUCCUACUUCAUCAUCACAAGGUACAAGAGAAAAUCAGAUGAACAAGAAGAUGAAGAUGCCAUAGUCAACAGGAUUUCGUUGUUUUUGAGCACCUUCACUUUAGCAGUUUCAGCUGGGGCUGUUUUGCUUUUACCCUUCUCAAUAAUCAGCAAUGAAAUCCUGCUUUCUUUUCCUCAAAACUACUAUAUUCAGUGGCUAAAUGGCUCCCUGAUUCAUGGUGGUGUUGGGGAUGGAACCCGGGCCUUCAGCGUACUAGGUUUGUGGAAUCUUGCGUCUCUCUUUUCCAACCUUUGUUUAUUUGUGUUGAUGCCCUUUGCAUUUUUCUUUCUGGAAUCAGAAGGAUUUGCUGGCCUGAAAAAGGGGAUACGAGCCCGCAUCUUGGAAACUCUGGUCAUGCUGCUGCUGCUGGCAUUACUGAUUCUUGGGAUAGUGUGGGUGGCUUCAGCACUGAUUGACAACGAUGCUGCAAGCAUGGAAUCUUUAUAUGACCUCUGGGAGUUCUACCUACCCUAUUUAUAUUCCUGUAUAUCAUUGAUGGGAUGUUUGUUACUUCUCUUGUGUACACCAGUUGGCCUUUCCCGCAUGUUCACAGUAAUGGGCCAGUUGCUAGUGAAGCCAGCAAUUCUUGAAGACCUGGAUGAGCAAAUUUAUAUAAUUACCCUAGAAGAAGAAGCACUCCAGAGACGGCUAAAUGGUCUGUCUUCAUCGGUGGAAUACAACAUAAUGGACUUGGAACAGGAACUUGAAAAUGUAAAGGCCCUUAAGACAAAACUAGAGAGGCGAAAAAAGGCUUCAGCAUGGGAAAGAAAUUUGGUGUAUCCCGCUGUUAUGAUUUUACUUCUUAUUGAGACAGCUAUCUCGGUCCUACUGGUGGCCUGUAAUAUUCUCUGCCUGCUGGUUGAUGAAACAGCAAUGCCGAAGGGAGCAAGGGGGCCUGGAAUAGGAAAUGCCUCUCUCUCUACAUUUGGUUUUGUGGGAGCUGCACUUGAAAUCAUUUUGAUUUUCUAUCUUAUGGUGUCUUCUGUUGUCGGUUUCUAUAGUCUCCGAUUUUUUGGAAACUUUACACCCAGGAAGGAUGACACAACUAUGACAAAGAUCAUUGGUAAUUGUGUAUCAAUCUUAGUCUUGAGCUCUGCUCUACCUGUGAUGUCAAGAACUCUGGGAAUCACGAGAUUUGAUCUACUUGGAGACUUUGGAAGGUUUAAUUGGCUGGGAAAUUUCUAUAUUGUAUUAUCCUACAAUUUGCUCUUUGCCAUUGUGACAACAUUGUGUCUGGUCAGAAAAUUCACCUCUGCUGUACGAGAAGAACUUUUCAAGGCCCUAGGUCUUCUGGGAAGCAUGCUCUGUGAUGGGAGUGAGCUUGCCAAGAGGAGACUUUACGGGGGAAGGGGAAGGGGAGAAUGGAAGGACUGUGAAGAGAAAUUGAGCUUUGAAGCCUCUGCUGGCCCUGUGGGGAGUCAUGACUCUGGAUGACCCUUCAGAGCUCCACUGAGGUAAGAAGAGGCCCCUCACGCCUGCCGGUCACUAGAGGCAGACUAUCCUGGAAGGGGGUGUGACUUCCUUCCAGCAGCUGUCUUCAGCUGCGGUCAUCCCCAGGGUGAGCUGCCAGUGGGGAGAAGAAAUCCUUCAUUCCUAGAAAGCAUUUGGCCAGCACAUACAACUUCCACAAUAAAAUGGAAUAUUCUCUCCCCACAACCCCAGCCCCUUGCCCAGCCCCUCAACAAUAUAUCGUUUCUCACCAUUUUCUCAAUUUUUCUGCAGGGCUUCAUAAGCUUCACUUAUCAAAUACUUCAAGGGAUUCAGAAUCAACCAAACCUUCUGCAAAUGGGCACCAGAAGGCACUGUGAGACCCGCAAUGGGUGCCACUCUGCAAUCAGGAGCCCCAGGGACUCCAGACUCAGGCCAUUCCUGUCAACGCAGAGCACUUCAUACCGACUUUGGUCUGUGUGUAGGGACUGGGCCUGUCAGUGUCAUUUUCUUCAUUAUCCAAGAAACUGGCUAUAACUGAUCUUAUUUUUUAAACUUAGCUUUCUGAUGUACCCCAUAGUUUCUAGUUAAACACAAGUUUUUCGUGAUGUUAUGGAAAAGCACACUCUUCUGCAGACACCUUUGCCAUUGUCCAGAUGAAAAGUCCCCACCUGGAGUGAACAUGCGAGGAAGGGCAGAUGUCCAUACUUUCUGAAGAGUCUCUCAAACCCCACUGAAUGCUUUAUUUAGAAGCCUUCAAAAGGCCCUGUUGGCCCCAAGUGAAGCUUCUUCAGAAAAUGAAGUUUCUAAAUUCUGGGUGGUUUUGUUUUUGUUUUUCUUUUUGAGAUGUAUCUCACUGUGUUGUCCAGGCCAUCCUCGGCCUCCAGAGAGCUGGGAUCACAGGGGUGCAUCACCACAGCUGGUUCAAGUUUUGUAGAAACUGCUUGUACCAAUCAUCAUAGCAGUGGGUGCAUUGGGCUGUAAUAAUUGCAAAUUGUAUUUUUAUUUACUAAAAGAAAAACAGUUUCUGAUUUAUGUUAUAGAGAGUUCAUUAGACUUUGAGCCAAGAGAAAAAUACUAAAUUCUUUUAAAGUUUGAGCCUUGGUGGACACCACAGGAAUACCUUCUGUUGUACAGUAUAGUAAGCUGUUACAGAGGAAGUACUAAGUAAUUGUAAUUAAUGGACAGUUUAUGUGCAUAUAACUCAAGUUACCUCUUGUGACAAUUGCCAGUGGUGAAUACACUCAUAACUUAGAUUUUGCCUUUUAUGCUACAUGUACAUUUAAAACUUUUUAAAGCAUUUUUUUCAAAGAUCACUUAAUUUCCUGGCUUCUGUGACAUUUAUGAAAAAUGUAAAUGCUAAGUGCGAGAAACCCCUUCUCUCCUCAUAUUCUUCAGGCUUUUGCUACUUUUGUAUAUGCCAUUUUAAACUUCCAACUUACAAAAGUUACCAGUUCAACACCCAGAACUCCUAAGAUUAGUGGUUUCCAUGUUAAGCAUAGGUUUGCACCGUCACGGGACUUGCCAGUCAUUCAGACACUGGCAGGUCAGUAGUUGCUGGGAUGGCCUCUUGACUCUUCAGUCCACAACUGAGACCACAAACAUGAUGCUCUGUGUUGCUGUCACCAGGAGGGAUCCAGGGCUGUGCAUGCCAAAGCACAUGGCUGGCCCACUGGCACCAAGGUCAGUCCUGCACAGCUGUGUGGAUAUGUGUCACAUGCACUCAGUGUGUAGCUUUAGGUUGUGCUCAGACAAAAGUAAAAGGUCAUUUUUUUUUUUUCAAAUUGUUGAAUUUAAAGUUUUCUUUGGGGGUAGGGAGAUGUUUUUGAAAAACAGUAUUUCCACUUACUACCAAAAUAAUAAGAAACUUUAAACUGUAUAUUUAUAAGUUCCACUGAGUGUACUUCUCCUUUAUUUAUAUCUCUACAUUGCUUUUUGAGUUCAUAUCAAUGAGCUUAGUUUUAAAAUAAAAAAAAAAACAUUCAUUUUCAGUUGUGGUUCUCAGCAACACUCAGUAUAUACCACCAGUCUAGUAAUGGUGGAUUUCUCAGCAUAAGAUCCACAUGCCUAGAAGAUUAUAAAUACCAGCUGCUUUCUGAUUUCACUGUUAAUUGUCCCAAUUUUAGUAUUAGUUGCAAGCUUUGAUUUUACUGAAACUUGGAAUUCAUAUUUUGAGCAGAUCAAGUAAGGAGAGUACAGAAAAAAACUCAGGAGUAUACCAAAAUCAUCUUUAACUUAAACCAGUUUCAAGGCACUUCCAAAAAAGAGAGUUCCUGGAUAUUUGUAAGAUGUAUAAAACUUUUUGUAGUAAAAUAUUAAACUUCUUAGUGUCUGUCUCCACUUCUUCUUCAUCUGGAAGUCUCUUCCGUCUGAGAACUCAAGUCAGGUCUUGUGUGUACUGGGUUUUCAGUCUCAGAUACUCGCUGGGUGUACUUUCAUUGCUGUGGAGACAGGCUGAGCUCUAAAUGGAAGAGUGGCUCCCCUGGGGUCCCUGUGCCUGUGACUGUGAGAUACAGAGUUCUGUUGCACAGCCACAGUCCUGCCAGGCUCUGCUGUGGUCACACACACAGGGCUCUUCCUCUGGAGUGAGGUGUAGUCGAAUGCAGGUGCUCUGCUGGACAUACGCUGGAUGCUGGUUUGUAUGAGAACCACGCAAGUGGACGGCAGCUUGCCGAGGCCACGUGUUCUGAGUCCUGGUGAGGAUGGUCACGCUCAGGGGCCUUUCUUUUAUUGUAGUUGAAUGUUGGAGGAAUAGAAGGUGAACAGGCUCUGAAGGACAGUUCUCCGAGUGCUCAGAGGUCAUCAAGUCUGCAGCUACUUUGCUAUUCUAGAUGGACAGGGUGCCCGAGUGACUGCCUUAAGUCAAGUGGGGUAUUCUUGCUUGCCUUUAGUUUUCAUUUUAUUUUUUAUUAUUUUUUAAAGUAAUUUUUUAGUUGUCAAAAGACCUUUAUUUUAUUUAUUUAUAUGUGAUACUGAGAAUCGAACCCAGUGCCUCACACAUGCUAGGCAAGUGCUCCACCACUGAGCUGCAACCCCAGUCCUAGUUCCCAUUUUAAAAGGUCAUCAGGCGUUAUACCUAACAAGGUUUUUAAGGGGACUUAGCUUUUUAUCGUCAGUUGGUUCUAUAAUAUUUAAGUGAUUCUUACAGUUAAAAAUUUUGUAAAUUAUAACAUUUGUAUUGGUUUUUAGUGAUUUUCUGGGAUAUUUCUUAGAUUUAAUAUUGAAGAAGCUUUAUGUACGUCCUGUUUUAGAGACUUGCUCUAAACCAGACUUCGUGUGAAAUUGCGCACACACAACACACACUGGUUCUUACAUUGCUGUGCUGAGGGACUAGUCAGUGGGCAGGGAAGAAGUGUGGGUCUUCUGCCUCUCAUGUGUAUCAGAGGCAUGUGUGCCCCUGCUUGCAGCAGCCACACCUGCCUGGCUUUGCCAGGUGCUGCAGACUAUCCUUGCAGCUUCAGUAAUGACUUCGUGGGCCUGUGGCACAGAGUCCCAUUGUUUACAAGCCCCUGUGUGCUUGCCUGUGUUUAGCACAGUAUUUAAUGCACAUAGGAAGAGCAUACAUGCAAUACUAACUUUUUGAACUUUAAAAAACUAGUAUAAUCUUUAAAAAGCAAUGUUAGGAAACACUAGUAAAUUGUUUUGUUUCUAUAAGAUAGUUUGUGUGACUUUUAAAAUGUUUUAGAAAUUAAAGUUUUGUAAACAGUAAUUUAAUAUUUGGUUUACAAAUACUAAAGUUUAUGUAUUUUAUUCCAUCAUGCCUAAAGCUUAUUUACAGGCAAAUUCCAUUUCAGUUUUACAAAGGGCAAUAAUUAUUCUGGUGAAAUGUCUAGUAGAGGAAGAGGUGGAUAAUGUCACUCUCUUUUUGUUGUAGAGUUCUUAGUAGGUAAAUUUGUUUCAACCCAAAAAUGAAACACCAGUAGUUGAAAGCAUAUGUUUUUUCUUUUUGAGUUAUUGAAGCUAAUUAGAUUUGUUUGAUUUCUUUAAUUUCUUUCCUAGGACUGAGCACUCCUGCUCGUGGUCUAGCCAGCUUCACCCAGAGUCCUGCAGAGGAAACGCUGCCAGCCUCUGUUGGCUCACUGGCAAUGCACAGGGGCUCUGUGGGUUCUUGUCCACUAUGAGCAGCACACUUCACUCAGUAACUCAGUUCAUAUGCUCAGUGUGUGCUUUGGCUGUGUGUGCUGCAUGCUGGUGUUUUCUGUUUUGUUCUAGUGUUAUUUUUUUUUAAAUACUAGACAUGAACCUCUAAGUUAAUUUCUCAAUUUAGUACUGGAUAGUAAACUUGAGUUUGAAAAACAACUUUAGAGUCUACUUUGAAAGAAGAACUAAUGUAAAGACUUUUUUGUUUUUUUGUUUUGGUCUCUGGCUUUCGAAUACUGUUUAGGCAAAAUUCAAUGUUACAAAUACCAAAAGUACUGUAUAUGUAAAUUACUUGUCACACUGCAAGAAAUGUAAUUAAAACCAGAAAUGGUGAAGACUCGUGAAUAUGAUGGGUGAGAUUUCAGAACUGGAUGGUCUGUUCAUGUCUUAUAGGGGUCACUCAGGCCACAUUCCACCAGCCUGUCAAGAGAAGCUUCAACUUCCAAUUUAGGUGACUGAAUUAGGAAAAAGUCCUUUUUCCAGACAACAGGAAAAUCCGAUUAGGAAACCAGACAGCAGUCACUGGCUGUUGGGUGUGCCUUGGUGUCGCAUCCCUGCUUGUCAGGGUCGUGAGGAAGUCGGGCCUGCAAGGGUCAUGUGACAGUCUGGGCAUCGGGUGCUGUGAGGGGCUGCAGAGGACUCCUGUGCCAGAGGUGAGGCAGUUCGGGUUCAGACACGCCAUGUCUCGGGAAAGCUUCGUCAGUUGUGAGAGGCUUGUAAAUGUCAUGAAGUCUUGGCUUCUCCUUUGAAAUGCUGCUGUGAAGUGACUAACAGUAAAGCUUAGGAGUCCAGGUGUGCGGUGCAGCUGGCCCUAGUGGGCCUGGAUACUGGAGGGACAGUGCAGCAUUGCCAGCCCCAGUGCUGGCUGCCUCUGCGUGCGCUCCUGUGCGUGGGUCUCGGCAGGCCCUCUCUUGGCUCUGCCUUGGUGCAGGCUGGAGUGGCUCCCUUUGUCUUUUGUUUUAACUCUCACUGUGGAGUCUUAUCACAAAGACUUGGAGGCGGGGCUGGUAUAACAGGGCUUUGGGGCAGAACCCAUGAGCUCACAUGCCCUCAGAACCUCCCUGUAAAAUAGGAAAUACCCCAUUUUACAGAUAAAGGAACCCAGUGCAGAGAGCUGAAGGUGUGUAAGACCACAGUGAGCUGGAGAACUGGAUGGCCAUGGUGGCCAGUCCAAGUUUAGCCCCAGCCUUCCCGGUUUCUUGGUAACUCCUGUUGGCUUGUUUGGAAUGUUCAGACCAGGCAGUCUCUGGAGGCGCCUCUCCUCCCACUGUCCAUGAGCUGAGGGGUUGCCAGUCUCUGGCCUGAGACCCUCAAGUGAAUGUCCUUUCACUUAGAUGCAGCAGAUCAAUGUCUGUGGUGUGAUUAUAAAAUGAGACCAAUCUCGUGUGUACUUGCAAAAGGAACCCCCUUUAACCCCCAACAGUGAUGACAAGGUGUCAGUGGCAGCUGUCACGGUGUCUUCGGUCUAGGUGCAGCUGCUGUGCUGCCCCACGUGUGUACCUGGACUCACACACAGAUGUAACUUCCUUCAGCCCCACAACAAUGCUGGAAGCAGGCCCUGUCCUUCCACUUUGUAGCCAAGGAAACUUCACCCAGGAGUCCCUCUAUGGACAGACAGCAGAGCCCUGUCAUCUUGGGUUCCUUCAAGAACCGAAGCAAGGUACUAAAAGGCCCAAUUAUUUUUCAAGGAUCAUUACCUCGGUCUUGGGCGGGACCUGUUGAGGAUGCUGGAGGCUCUUGUGAGACAGGCCAGCUUUACUAGUGCGGGCGAGUGUGCUUUGAAAGGAGGAAAACUGUUUUGACAGCUAGUAAAGUAAGACCCCACUCAGCUUGUCACCACUGUCUGCCUCCCAGGUUUCCGGGUCUCCUGUCCUGUGCUCUGGGGAGGCUGUGACAGGAACCUCAAGCUGCUGCUGCUUGCUGGUUGAGAACAGCAUGGACUUGGCAGACUCCCAUGACCGCCAUGCUAGAGGGGGCCCUGCAGUGGUGGCUCCUCCCUGGAAUCAGCUUUCUCAGCACAGCCUCGUCUGUCCCACGGUUUAGUGAGGAUGGCACCUGGGGUUGUGGUCCAGGUUGGAAAACAGUAACCACAGUGAUCUGUGUCACACUUGCCAAGGGAGGAAACCCUCGGCUCUCCUGCAUGGUGGAGGGUGGGCGGGGCUUGUGUCUGUGUGAAGUUGUGUAACCUCCGCACCAGGACCCUGGCUGCCCUGCUGCAGUGGACUGGUCUGCCAUACCCACCAGGUACACCUGGGCACAUGGUUUGUGUUAGCUGUUACUUUUGGUCAUUUAUUUAAAUGUUCUGUAUUGACUUGACUUUUAAGUUAAAUGUCCAGUUUGUUGUAGCAGAUCGUCUAUAGCAUAAAUAUAAAUUUAAAAAUUUUUAACAGUGUAGUAAUAGCUGAAGCUGGUUGUUUCCUUAGAAGUUAUAUGGUCUUUGUCUAGUUCAUGUGAGACUUCAAAAUGCCCUCUGUUAUCCUUAUGGACACUUUCAUUUGUGUAAUUUCCAAAAAAAAAAUAAAAAAAAAUCAGAGUUUCUUCAACUCCAAAGAGGAUUUUGGAUUGAUGUUGGGUAGGUUAAAAGACUGUCAUGAGCAGGAAAUCAGUUUUGAGUCUCAGUUCUAUAUCUUCAUCACGUCUCACCUGGCCAAGCUUCAAGUCUCACGUGUCAGACAUUAAUCAUAGUUUUCUUGUGUGGCUUUGUCCUGGAAAUGUCAACCAUGUCCAACUCUGCAGAAGGCACAAUACUGGAUCACAAACACGUUUCCCCUGAUUAAUUUCAUUCCAUCUUAAACUCCAGUGUUUGUGUGGGGCCAUGGUGAUUCCGCGUGGUUGCCCAGGAUUGCGUCACCUGUGACUUCCUGUCUUCCUGGAUCCUUCCAUUCCAGGAGAGGCGGGCUUGUCCUGUGCUGCGUGGCUGUGUGUGAUAACCUCCUGAUGACCGACCCACCUUGCUGCACACAUCUGGGUUGCUGAUACCUCCCCAGAAUGACUUUCUGGAAGCAGAAGUCCUGGAUCAGAGAGCGUGGCAGUUCUGAACAGCCUCCAGAAUGGACCCCCGCACUUGCUGCAGCAGUGUGGAGAGUGUGCUCUGUGACUGGCACAGGCCUCACCAGUCCUUCUACACUAGUGGCCACUCCAGGCAAACAUUUCAUUGCUUUGCUUUGCAUUUUUUAAUAUCUUGUGAGGGCAGAUACUUUGAAUACUAGAGAAACUCUUGUUAUUUCUGUUCUUGUGAAUUAUCAUUAAACACACUAAACCCA